CCUUCCUCUUUAAAUACGCCCUCGCUCACUUGAGUUAUAGGACUUGGCAUAACGGACCCCCAAUCUUCUCAAAGAAAGCAUUGCCGUUCCUACUCUUUGAAGAUGUUGUUCAGCGACCCGCUAACAAACAAAGCUCAAUACGAGAAAUUCAUGGACUACUAUAGCAAACUGUAUCUCCGGAACGCUUCCGACAUUCCUUCUUUUAUGUCCACGAUUUUUCAUUGCGAUGACCUGGACGCUGAAAACGUCCCAAGGAUCAAAGAGGAGAAGUCCAAACAGCCCGCCUUCAUAAAUGAGAUGCCCACCGAAAUAUUACUUAACAUUUUCUCUCAGGCCAUACCUUCUACUACUAUCGAUCCGUUUAAGGCCACCGCCGGUCCUUGGGUGCUCAGUAAAGUGUGUAAGAAAUGGAAUUCCAUCAUCACCACAUACGCACCUCUAUGGACGAACAUCACCAUCGACACCAGUCCUAAGGCUAUGAACGUCCUGAAACCAUACAGAUGCCUCCUCGACGUCCUUAAACAUUCGCAGGACCAACCGCUCUCCAUCCGUUUCGUCGAGGGAGAAAACACCAUGCUUUCCGUCACCCACAUACUCCUCCGCAUCCUCAUGAAGCACGCUCCUCGGUGGAAAAACCUCGACUUCACCUUAUCCAACCCCGAGACACUAGCCGUACUCGACGCUGUUCGUGGACGUCUCGGCUCUUUGGAGUCGCUCACAUUUUCUGGCUCUCCUGGGAUGAUUGCGGAUAUGCCUUGGUCAGUGACGCCAUGCAGUAUCUUUGCGGAUACGCCCCAGCUGAAAUCCGCCAACGUAUCUAUGGGAGGCUUCACGCUGGAGCUCCCAUUCGCUCAGCUGAAAUCAUUCAGCGAUCAUUGGUGCGGCGCUCGGGCCAAAGAGAUGUCCAUACCCGAGGGCAUAUCGAAGUACCUUCAAGAGAUGGGACAGGUGGAAGAGUACAAGCUCUAUGGACCCGAACUCAAGAACGUCACGCCUAUGAUCAACAACAUACGACUCCCUUUUCUGCGUACUCUUCACGCUGGAGACCCACGUGUCCUUCGAUCCAUCAUCGCACCCAGGCUGGAAGAAGUCCAUGUCCAGUUGUUCAACAAAGAUUUCCGGGAGGUGAACCUCCCCGUCCUUCUGUUUCUAAUCGAGAGAUCCCGCUGCUCCCUGCGCAAGAUCACUUUCGGAGAUUGUAUGCCGGUGGUGAACAAAUUUAUUUCCAUUCUUCGGGCGUCGCCCGCGCUUGAAGAGCUCGUGUUGAGUUUUACCGUGUGGAAUGAUAGGAUGGAUUCCUGUCUUUUGGAGAUUUUACCUUCUAUUCACGUCAAAGGAGGGGGAGAGGGAGAGGGAGAUAGAGAAACGCCGUUGGUGCCCCGCUUGACCAAGCUCAACGUUAUCGUUCAACAUAAACACAAGUCGCGCACGGUGCCGUCAAUGUCGUUCCUGAGGGAUACCUUGAUUGACGUAGUCGAAAAUCGGCGCAACCACAAGAUGACGGGUGUGGCUAAGCUUGCCAGCGUCGAGGUACGAGCUGCUGUUCUGGUUAAGCAGGAUAUUGCUGUUUCCCCAGGAGCGGGGAACGUGGAGAGGUGGAAUAGGUUGAAAGACGGCGGAAUGGGGGCGCUGUUUCAUGUGAUUGGAGGCAAGGCUGACGAAGAGUGUCCGCCCAUCAAUUCCCGCAUGAUACGCGUCGAUCCGGAUCCCAGAAGUCCUGCGUAUUUGCAAAGAGAGUACGUCUGAGGAAAUGAGAUAAAGUGAAGAGAAAAUUUUCCCGAUACUGUACUAGUACCUAUGCACUCCUUCAUGAUAUUUACUGUUCGUCAAAAAAAUUAAAAACCAUAAGACAUUAUUUAAAUAAAU